AUGUGUCGAAGCACAUGUGCACGUCUCAUUCAGUGGAUUGGCACUAGAAAUUCAGACCUUGAGAGAAGAGAGCCUUCAACUCAAGGCACAGGCCACACAUAUGCCUGCCAGAAAGAGAAUCAGCGGCUGGAGAGAAUGAACACGCUGAUGGAAAGGCUCCUUCGGCGAGAACGCCAGAAAAAUGGGUAUUUACUUAAUCGUUGUGCCGGCCAAGAAGGCAUGCUGUCUUCAUUCCGCAAAGACCUUCCCAGCGUCCAAAACGGCAUGUCUAGCCUUCUGGAGACCUGGGAGGAUAUCGGAUACACAAGAGCAAAGCAAUAA